GCUUCAGUAUACCAUUGUCAAAGGUACGGGUUUAGUGUUCGGAAAAAAUUUUCUGGCACGUGACAUUCUCAAAGUUUCUGGAAUUUACGAUCAAUCGUUUUUGAUCAAUUGGUCUUAAUCUGCCAGUAUUUGAUCAGUAUUUCAGCAAUAAUUGCAUAAAACAUUCUCUAUAUCAAAUAUAGAGAAACUCAAAAUAUUUUUAUCGUUGAUAGUAUAAAGAGAACGUUUUUAAUUCAUACGAGUAUUUUUAACUGAAGCAAAAAUUGUGUCAGCCAAUUUUCAGCCAACGCCAAAAACUAAUUUCGCAGAUUAUCUAUUGAACUGCAGGAGGAUAUUUAAUUUAACUAAAACUGAAAUUAAAAAGAGUCCAUCAAAAAUUAUCCUGUCAACAAUUUAUUGAUUACAAAUUCAUAAAUGACUUCUGAAGGAACAAUACCCAAUAGUGCUUUUAGAGCAGUUAGCAGCAGACUUCGAACUGACCAAUUCAUCAACAUAUUAGCAGACAUGGGUCUUUAGCCAACGAUUAAAGUGAAAAAAUUAAGAUAAUUCAUCGAUUCAAGUAUAGAUUCGGUGAAAUCGUGCUUCCAGGAGCUUUUCAGAAUCAAUUCUGACAAAUAAACAAAUAAGAGUGAUUUUUUAUUUGAAAGAAUUAAUUAUAUUUCAUUUCAUCAUGCCUACAGAGUCAAGAUCAUAUUCCUCAAAUGGGAGCAUGAUUGUGGUAAGCAACAGGUUGCCUUUCGUGCUAAAAAGAAAUGAGGAAACUGGCCAAUUAGAACGUAAAAGCAGUGCUGGAGGCUUGGUUACUGCUGUAGCUCCAGUAGUAAUAGGUGGUAAUGGAAUAUGGGUCGGAUGGCCUGGGAUGCACAUGGAAGAUCCCAAUGAGAAAAUUCCAGAAUCUGAUCCUAAUGAUAAAACACCUACUGCUGGUUUACUUUCGAGUAAGGUUGUUGCUGUCCAUGUAGAACCUGAUAUCUUUGAUGCUUAUUACAAUGGAUGUUGUAAUGGAACAUUUUGGCCAUUAUUCCACUCAAUGCCUGACCGAGCUACUUUUAAUGCUGAACAUUGGCGUGCUUACGUAGCAGUAAACGAUGAAUUUGCUGCAAAAACUGUAGCUGCUUUAGAAAAGAUUCAUGAAGAGCAAAAAGGAAAGAACCAAUCAAAUGGUACACCUUUAGUAUGGGUACAUGACUAUCACCUUAUGUUGGCUGCCAAUUGGAUAAGACAGGCAGCUGAUGAAAAAGACUUAAAGUUGAAGCUUGGUUUCUUCCUCCACAUUCCAUUCCCACCCUGGGAUAUUUUCAGACUUUUCCCUUGGGCAGAUGAAAUUCUUCAGGGUAUGCUGGGAUGUGAUAUGGUUGGUUUUCACAUCCAGGAUUAUUGUUUAAACUUUGUAGACUGUUGUCAAAGGUGUCUUGGAGGCAGAGUUGAUCGAAAAAAUCUACUAGUUGAUCAUGGUGGAAGAACAGUAAGAGUAAGACCUUUACCUAUCGGUAUUCCUUUCGACAGAUUCGUUUCUUUGGCUGAAACAGCUCCAAAAGUGAUUAUGACGAAUCAAAAAAUAGUUUUGGGUGUAGACCGGUUGGAUUAUACUAAAGGACUAGUUCAUCGAUUGAAAGCUUUUGAAAUGUUGCUUGAAAAGCAUCCAGAACAUCGUGAACAAGUUACGAUGCUCCAAAUUGCUGUGCCAUCAAGAACAGAUGUCCGAGAGUAUCAAGAGUUAAAAUUAGAAAUGGAUCAGCUGAUUGGAUCUAUCAAUGGACGCUUUACAACUCCCAAUUGGUCACCUAUUCGUUAUAUUUAUGGUUGUGUAAGUCAAGAUGAAUUGGCUGCAUUUUAUCGCGAUGCUGCUGUUGCACUUGUCACUCCCUUGAGAGAUGGAAUGAAUCUUGUUGCAAAAGAAUUUGUAGCUUGUCAAAUAAAUACUCCACCAGGUGUUUUAAUUGUUUCUCCGUUUGCUGGUGCUGGAGAAAUGAUGCAUGAAGCUUUAAUUUGUAAUCCGUAUGAGAUUGAUGAAGCAGCAGAAGUUAUUCAUAGAGCUCUUACGAUGCCAGAAGAUGAACGUACUCUGAGAAUGAAUUAUUUACGACGACGAGAGAGAAUUUAUGAUGUUAGUUAUUGGAUGAAGUCCUUCCUACAAGUUAUGGGCUCAUUAGAAGAACGAGAUUCAGUCGGUGCCACGGUGAUGCAACCUGUAACCAUGGACGACUUUGAUGAUUACUUGAGCAGGUAUAUUGGAGACAAUCACAAGCUGGCACUACUUCUUGACUAUGAUGGUACUUUAGCACCUAUUGCAACUCAUCCAGACCUUGCGAUUUUGCCGCUUGAAACAAAGAAUGUUCUUCAAAGACUGAGCAAUAUGUCAGACGUUUAUAUUGCUAUUAUAUCAGGAAGAAAUGUCAAUAAUGUUAAAUCAAUGGUUGGUAUCGAUGGUAUAACAUAUGCAGGAAAUCAUGGGCUAGAAAUUUUACAUCCUGAUGGAAGUAAAUUUGUUCAUCCUAUGCCUGUUGAAUAUGAAGGCAAAGUUGGUGGAUUGAUGCAGGCUCUUCAAGACCAGCUAUGCAAAGACGGUGCUUGGGUAGAAAACAAAGGUGCUUUGUUGACGUUCCACUACCGUGAAACUCCAAUGGAGUUGAGACCACGAAUGAUCGAACAAGCUAAAAAGUUGAUUGAAGAAGCUGGAUUCAAGGCGUGUGGUGCUCACUGUGCUAUUGAGGCUAAACCUCCGGUAGAAUGGAACAAAGGCCGUGCUUCCAUUUAUAUUUUACGAACAGCAUUUGGUCUUGACUGGAGUGAAAGGAUUAGGAUUAUUUACGCUGGUGAUGACGCAACAGAUGAAGAUGCGAUGAAGGCACUCAAAGGUAUGGCUGCGACUUUCCGCGUUACUUCUUCCCACAUAGUUCGUACUUCUGCGGAAAGACGAUUGCCAAGUACAGAUUCGGUAUUGACAAUGUUGAAGUGGGUAGAACGACAUCUGAGUAGACGUAAGCCAAGGAGUAACAGUGUUGAUAUAUCUAAUCGUUACAGACGUAGUAGUGGAGGUGUCACGAUGGAAAUGUCAUUCACUGAACCACAAGCAUUGGUUUCUUAA